AUGGAAUAUUGUCGUAAAAAAAUCGAGGAUUUAUUAAGAUUAAAAGGGGUAGAAGAAAAUGAGCCUACAAAUGAGGGCAGUAAUUUUUUAACGAACAAAUUAUUAAAUGAUGUUGUUGAAAUUGUUAAAUUAACAAAUAAAUUAGCACAUACUAAAUCAGACAAUAAUAAUAUAGAACUAAUGUCAAAUAACGAAAAUAUUAAUAUUUUAAAAAAAAACUUAUUAAAAAUUAUUUAUGAUUUAUUAAUAUAUAGUACAAAUGAUGAAAAAAAAAAAAAAAUAUUAUUGGAAAAUUAUGAAAAUAAUACUAUACCAGAAUUAGGAAAUGAAGAAAACUAUCACAUUAUAUCAUCAGUAUUAGAAGAAAUCAUUCAAAGAUCUGAAAAAUUUUUAAACCUUUUUAAUUUAAAUGAUAUAGACAAAAUAUUUUCAAAUUUCCAAAAUAGCAAACUUAAUGAUAAUAACACAAAUGAUAAUGCUGUUAACAAAUUAAAUUUUUUGAGUCAAAAUAAUGAUAAAAAUCGGGUGGAACAUAAAUCAAAUACUAAUGUAAAAUUAGAACAAAAAAUUGAAAAUGAUAAUAUUAAUUUAGUUAAUACAAAUUCAGAAGAAGAUGAAAUUGAAAGAAAUAAUAAAGAGAUAGAUUCUAUUUAUAAAAAUAUGAUAAAUAUAGAUAUUUUACAAACACCCGAAUUGAAUGAAGCAAAUGAUGAAAAAAAAAAUGAUAAAUAUCAAAAAACAAAAAAAAGAAAAAGGGAUAAUCACAAUAAUAGUCAAAAUGGUAAUACAAACAAAAAUUUAAUAAAAGAAAAUGAACAUGGAAAAACAAAAAAAAAACGAUUUUCGUUAAAUAAUAAUUCAAACAACAUUAAAAAUUCGUGGUCACAUUUAAUAAAUAAUUAUGCAAAAUAUUUCAUACCACGCAUACAUAUAAAACAUAACAAAUUAAUCGAUUUAGAAGAUAAUUUAAUAGCAGCUAUGAAAUAUCAAGAAAAUAUAAUAAAAAUGAAAAAAAAGGCACUAGUAUAUAAUGAGCAAUUUAAGAAUAAUGAAUUAAACGAUAUUAGAAGUAUCGAAAUUGUGAAUGAAAUAUUUGAAGAAAAAGAAAUAAAAGAUUUUGAUGCAUUAAGUAAUGUCAGUGAAAUUAGUGAAGUAGAUAAAAAUACAAUAGAUGAUCAAAUUGAAAAAAUAUAUAAAGUGGAAAAACAUUACAAUGAAAUGAAUUCAAAAUCUGAUUUAUCAAUUUUAAAAGAAGAUACUGCUAUUAAUGAAUACUUUUUUUACAAAUUGUUAAAAAAAAUAGAUAAAAAAAUAAAUAAAUAUUGUGAAAAUUUUAAUGUUGUAAUAAAUAAUCCUUAUGCAUUCGAAAUAAAUAAUUUAAUAAAUAUGUACAUAAAUUAUGAUGAAAAUGUGCAAAAGUUUUUAAAUAUAAAAAAGGAUUUAAUAAAACCAAUAAAUAUAAAUUUGAAAGAAUAUAAAAUAAUAAAUAAUAAAAAUAAUUUAAUAAAUAUGAUAAAUAUAAUUAAAAACACAUAUGAUAAAAUAUCUAUAAUAAAUAUAAUAGAUUAUAAAAAUAGCUAUCAUGGUUUUACUUCCUUAAUAUUAGUAGGAACACAAGAUAUAGAUUAUAUUAUAGAUGUUUUUAAUAUAUUUGAAGAUAUAUAUUUAUUAAAUGAAAUAACAACAGAUUCUAAAAUAUUAAAAAUUACAUAUAAUUCUGAAAAUUUAAUUUUAUUUUUUCAAAAGGAUUUUUCAAUCUAUUUUAUAAAUAUUAUUGAUUUAUUAUUAUGUGCUAAUUGUUUAAAUAUCAAAAAUAGUGUUCCUUAUUUGAUUUUUAACUAUUUUAAUGUUAAUAUUGGUUUGACAUCUAUUACUUCGGUUCCUUUAGAUCGACCAAUUAGUUCAGAAUCCAUUCAAAUUUUGAAAACACAUUCCCAUUAUUUAUAUCAUUUGUUCGAUUAUAUAAUAACUGAUUUAUAUUACAAUUAUCUUUUUAAUCGCGUUAAGAAAGAAAAUAUCGAUUCCACAUCUAUUCAAAUGGAUAAAUCUGAUAAAGAUGCAGUUUCUCAAAAUAGUGAUUCUGAUCCAGAUGAUCAAAAAGAACAUUGUAUAAAAAAUCGAGGAAAUUACAAUUAUACAUUAAAUUCGUCAAAAAAAAUUAGCAAAAUAUAUAAAACAAAUGUUUAUGUAAAUUUUGAAAAAAUUAAAUUUUCAGAUAUAACCCCAGAAGAAGAAAAACAAGGAAUAGAUAUAAUAAAAACGAUGUUUAUUGAAAGUAAUCAAAUUUGUUUAAUAAAAUUUGAGAUAAAAAAUGAAAAUGAUAAUAUAUCAAAAACAAAGGAUCAAAUAAAACAAAUUAUAAAUACUUCUUAUAAUACAACUUGUUGUGAUAAAUUAAUAGAAAAUAUAUUAAUUUGGAGAGAAAAAUUAUCGAAAAGAAUGAAUUCACCAACUGAUAAUAUUCUUAAUAUUCAUAAUAUUAUUUCUAUUAUAUUAAAUGGUGCAGUAUCUAUAUCAAAUUUAAAAAAUAACAUUACUCCUUUAAAUAAUAUAAUUUCAGAAAAUAUAGAAUCAUUAUUUGAAGUUAUUGUUAAAUCAAAUAUAAAUAAUACUAAUCUUAAUAUUGGUAAUAACAAAAGCAAAAGAGGAAAUAUAUUUUUUUAUCAUAAUUAUCUCGAAAAUUCAAAUCAAAAUGAUAUUCCUCCAGACAAUAAAUCAAAUUUGAUUUCGUUUUGUAAUAAUAAUAUUAAAAGUGAAUUAAAGUCAUAUGAGAAUAAUAUUAUUGUUCCAAACAUGUAUUUUCAGUCCAUAUCAAACAAUGACAAAAACGAAAACAGUGAAAAAAAUGAUAAUUAUGAAAAAACAAAAACUGAUAUAAGUCAUUUAAAUAAAGGAGAUGAGAUAUUCACUUUAGAAAAAACAUUUUUUAGUGAAAAUCAAAAUGAUACUAAUUAUAAAUAUGAACAAAAUAAUAAUACUUUUAUUAAUUACAAUUUGAAAUAUGAAAAUUAUACCUCUUUAUCUUCAUUAAUUAUUUCUAUGAAUCAAAUAAAAGAAAAAAUAUUAAAUGAAUGUACAACUAAUAAAUCUAUUAACAAUAUAAAAGAUGAACAAUUGAAAGUAAAGAAAGAUAUUUUUAAAAAUAAAAAAAAAGAAGGUAACAAUGAUAAUAAAAAUAAACAAAUAUAUAAAUCAUAUAACAAUCAAUAUAAUAUUAAAAAGGGAAGAAUGAAUGGAAAAAAUAUUUUAGAUGAAAUUAUGUAA